UUCUUUGAAUUAGAACGUUGACAUUACAAAAAUUCAAAGACUAAAUUCACAUUUGAAUAUUGAGAUCGAAGAAAUUUGUAAUAUACAAGUUGUAUUUCUAAAGGUUGAGUUUGAGGCAUAAAAAAUGUUUCUAUCUACUCCAACCCUACGUCCUUUCGUUCAGAAUGAAAACCCGGACAACACAGGUUUUAAAAAACCUGGAGCUUCUAAACCGGGAGGUUUAAGCAUAAGAACUCCUUUUAAAGACCGUUCAGUCAAUAGUGUUUCACCAACCUCUAAAUACAAUGCCAAGUUACAUACACAAAAAAAAUUGGAGCAAGCAUCUGUCAAAAAUGUAAAAAGUGUAAAACCAAUGAAUCUUCAACAGAAGGAGGAAGUUGAUGAUUUUUAUAUGAAUGAUUAUGCUUCUUCUAGAGAAGUGGAAGAUACAUUUGGUGACAUCUUUCCAUCUAAGAGAAUUGAUAUAGUCAAAUUCCUUCGUGAUUAUGUAUCUGGAGGAGCGUCUCCAAAAUAUAUAUCAGAUGAUGAAGAUGACGAGCCUUUUGAACUACCAAUUCCGGAUCAAAUUACAAGCUGUUUUCCUCCUCUAACUCCCAUUCAGACAUAUGAUGUACCGCUUCCUGUAUUCAACUAUUGAGAAAUGCAAAAAAAAUUCAUUUUCAACUCGAUCCAUUCAUUUAAUUAUAUCUUAUGCGUUUAUUAAAAUAUGAUUUGUUUUUUUUUCCAAAUAUUUAUGAAUAAGACUUUUUUCUGUAGUUGUUGAAUAAAAAGUUAGAAUAUUGUAA